AUGCGUCUUUCCUCUAUCCUCUUCCUCGGCCUUGCUUCCGUCGCCGUCGCCGAUCUCAACUCCUGGAACGACGUGGUUGGAGAUGUGCCCCAGUGCAUCAAGACAUGUCUCAACGAUUUCUACAACUCUGCCGGUCUCAAGUCCAAGUGUGGAAGCGCCGAAUCAGCCAGUCUUGACUGCCUCUGUGGUGUCAAGAGCUCAGUCGACGAUGUUGCGGAUGACGCCUCCGAUCUGAGCACUUGCAUCCAAGAUGGCUGCGACUCAAGCGAAAUUGCGGACGCUUCUAGCAAGCUUCAGGGCUUCAUGGACCGAUUCAACAGUCUUGAGGACCAGUGCUCUAAGAAGGGUAGGCAUUCAUAA